CAGCAGCAACAACUGCAACAGCAGCAACAGCAGUUGCAACAACAGCAGCAACUGCAGCAGCAGCAGCAACUGCAGCAGCAGCAGCAACAACUACAACAACAACAACAACAGCAACAAAAUCACCAGAUUCACGAGCAGCAACAGCAGGUUGUGCCCGUUCCUAUGCAAAGACCAUCAGCAAUUCAAAAGCCACCUCAACGUCCUCAGAUUCGCGAACAACCGUCAAACGUGAACCGUCGACCGGAGGUGCAACACGGAUCGGCCUAUGAUGAAGACGAUGACGAGGACGUGCGUGUCUACGAGAAGCCAGUUAUUCGAGUUGACUCACGUUGUCCUCGUACCGAUGAUCCGGCCAAACCGGUGCACUUCCCGAGCACCACCAGUUGUGUAAAGUUUCAGAAGUGCUAUAAUGGUAUCGCCUACGAGAUGAGUUGCCCACUUGGGCUGGAGUUUGAUUCAUUGAGUAACCGCUGCGAAUAUGCAGCUCAGGCAAACUGUUCAAUUCGGUAA